AGAUGUGAGCUGCUUCUCGCGUUGCCGAAUCAUAAAGAAGCAUAAUUAUUAGGCACAAUGGGAGACCGAACGAUUCGCAGGAUCAUCAUACUCAACAUACUCUUCGUAACGAUAACCGCAGACUUCACGAACAACUGUCCGGAGCAAUGCAAAUGCAGCUGGGCUGGCGGCGACAAGCAGGCGGACUGUUCCCAUGGCCACUUCGACUCGAUCCCGAAAACUUUAAGCUCGGACAUACAGAAACUGAAUCUAACCGGCAACGACGUGUACGAAAUAACAAUACACGCCUUCCACGACGUCGGUCUCAUAAAUCUCUGGAAGCUGACGCUGAGUGAAUGCAAACUGCAAACGAUACAGAGGAGCGGCUUCUUCGGCCUCGGGAUCAUGAUCGAAUUGGACUUAUCAAAGAACGACCUCAAGUCAUUACACCCGGACCUCUUCAAGGAGACCCCGAAAAUACGAUGGAUCCUACUCAACGAUAACAAAAUAGAGAAAUUAGACGACGGAUUGUUUAGCAACUUGGCCUAUCUGCAGAAAGUCGAUCUGAGCAACAACAGAAUAGUACACAUCGGAAUGAAAACUUUCGUUAACAUCCCAAAACUCAACUUCUUGAGGCUAGAUAGCAAUAAGCUGGAAUACUUGAAGGGUGACACGUUAGAAGGGAUCAGCUCCUUAUCUAACCUGGACGUGCAAGACAACCCUUGGCGUUGUGAUUGCUACCUACAACCGUUCAGAAACUGGGUCAUCAGCAAGAAGUUAUACACUUCAAACGUUUACUGCGCUGACCCUCCGAAGGUCCAUGGGAAAACGUGGAAAGAACUCGACACCAACGAUUUCGCAUGUAGACCCAGUAUUGUGUACCCGUCGACGAGUACCACUCUGAGAUCAGCAGACAACAACAUCACCUUAGCUUGUCAUGUCAACGGGAAUCCAUUACCAGAAGUCAACUGGGUGUUGAACGCACAAAUCAUUGACAGCACGUACCGAUACGAAGGGGAAAUAAAAUACUAUAUCUCGCAAAGUAAAGGAGAGAACACCGAGUGGGUGAAUUUGACAAUAACGAAUGUGGGUACAACUGAUAAUGGAGAGUAUCUGUGUGUUGCCAAAAACCCGGGCGGAGUAGAAGAGAGGAGCGUAACUCUGGCUGUGGUCCAGACUCCGCCGGGCGUGAUUGUUCCGACCGGCAUGAACAAUAACAUGAUGCCAGUUCUCAUUGGAGUAUCAUGCACAGCAGCCAUCAUACUAAUCAUCCUUGUCAUACUAUGUUACUGCUGCUGUAGAAGAAGGACUACUGAUAAGAAAGCGGAGAACACUAACGGGGAAGCACUCAUCGAAGGUUCUGUUAUACCUGAAAUGGAGAAGAGUUUGAUAACCGCUGUGAAUCCAGUGACGAAACCUCCGAGACGCUACGACGUUCCACCUUCAAUCACCAGUGGUACUGAGAUGUCUGAGUUGAAUAAAACAUUGCUGGACAAUGAUUCUGUAUUUGCACACAACGAAGACGAAAAACGGUCGCUGGGCUACGACCAUUUGAUGAAACGAUCUCAAGAUGCACUGAACGUGGAGUACGGCCGGGCUGAUGGCCGAGCUUACCCCCCUGAUCUGCUGUCUUUCCCACCGAGAGCCGCGCAAAUUUCGCCGGCUGCAAGCAACGCCUCAACUGUCCCUGAUACGACAAGGCUGCCUCCCCACCAACUCAACCCGGUCAGCCCCAUCCAUUCACCGAUAUACGGCAUAACGCCAAACCCGAACAUGUUUAGAACCUUGCCGUACUCACGAUCUCAAUCACCGUUUACUGCUCCAAUCACUUCCCCAGUAGUGACCCCUCGACAAGGCUACGUUACGAUACCCAGAAGACCUAGAGUACCCAGUUGGUCCAGCACUGCGAGUACACAAAUCCUACCCAGUUCGGAGGCUCAAGAGCCUUUGUAUGAUAACUUGGGCUUAAGAACAACAGCUGACGGAAGUUCCGUACUAUCUUUGAAUAAAGCUGGCUUAGAAAGCCAGUUUUCUCCUAUGCGGAACAGGCCAUUGCCAGCCACACCGACCAGCUAUCAAACUCCCCAUCCAGUAUACUAUGCUCCGAUCGAAGAACAAGAACCAGCCCCAUCCCCGGUCCCUCCACAACAUAACCCUCGGAACAGUAUCAGCUCUCAGCUAUCAACUCCAGGACCGCAGGAGCCUAUAAACAGAAUGAGUUGGACUGCAAAGAACACUUCGACCCCUCAAACUGAACCAAGGAAAGCUUUGUUUAAUGACGCACCAACAGACACCCCAAACCGAAAAGGAAAACCCGAGACCGGGUCUUUAAGACGACCUCCAGUUGACUCCAAUAAGGACGAACUUAGAUCACCCUCCAAGGAAGAAAUUAAGAAGAACGAGGGUAACAUAUCCAUGAACCAAUCUGGAACCCUGGGCAGGAGCGGGAAGAUCCCGCCCAGACCUCCACCAAAGCCGAAAAAGAAGCUAAACCCCGAAGUAAACACGAGCGAGCCCUUAUUCGAAGAUGAAGGCGAAGACGGAACGGAAGUGUAGUUAAAAAUACUCUUAGCUUACCAAAGUGCCAAUGAGCUUUUAGUGAUAACUAACUUCUAAAUAAACGAAGAAUGAUAGUGUUGUGAAAGUGAACGAGAAUCGAAUCGAAGUGACAAAUGACAAUGAGUAGCGUGCAAUCAAGUGACGUAAGGUGCUCAGGUGUACAUAAACUAUUCAUAGAUUUUAUACCUUAUCAAGUAAAGUUUACGGACCAUUUUUAAUUGUAAUGACUUUUUUUAUUUGUAUUUAGUAUUUAUUUGUACUUGUUUAUUACUUUGGUAGCUAACUAUGACUUGCACUGUUUUUUUGAAAUUUUAUUCUGUUUUAAGACUGAUUUUUUUAUCGAGCAAUUUUAUUACGACAUUCCCUCGAGCGUUCAUUUAUAAGCGCAAUCAAAAUUUAGUUUUACAAAUCUACAUUGUCAUGGUUUUUUUUGCUCACAAAUAUCUUGGACGUUUCGCUGGCCCAAGAAGUAAAAUGGACUUCAUUUUUAUGAUAAAAACACGAUUUUUAAUGAUUAUUAGUUAGUGUUAUAUAAAGUGAAUUGUAUGCGCUCCUUACACGGUGGCACUGUACUGUGCCCCAAUCUUUACAUCGCGGGUUCGAUACUGGAGUCACAAAUAUUAUGAUUUCAAAUUUAAGACAUUUCUUAAGCCGUACUCAAUAGUGAUCACGGUCAAAAUGUCAAAGGUACGGGUGGCGAUUGCGUUUUAGUUAUAACCAAAUGGCUAUUGUUGAAACUGAAAGGGGAAUUAUGAAUUAUUUUACCAAACACUAUUAUUCAUUUCCUUUUUUAGGAUAUUUCGUGAACCGCAAUCUAAAGCAAAGUAAACUGGAGCCCCGAGACGCGAGAGGUCGUUAACCUCGCCCUUCAACUCAGUUUUGGUUGUGCUACAUUGCGUGUGAUGCGAAAAGCAUCAGUAAUAAAUAGAUCGUGAUAAUAAUACCGUGCAUUAUCGCUCGCAUUCGUUAGUUUCAAAACAUAUUUAACCUCUUUGGUACCGAAAUAUAAUCGCUUUUUAACCAUUGGCUACGUCAAUAGUUAGAUCAAAGCGUUAUUAUUUCAGUAAAAUAGUUCAACAUGAUCUUACUGUAGUGUUAUAAGAGACUCAGUGGUAGCGUUUUGUUCGAACACAAAUGACGCACUAAAACUAUUAACUUUUGUUUAUCCUAAGUUAUUUUGAUUUUAGUUUCAUCGCUUUUCUGUUUCGUUAAAAAUUAAAUCAGUAAAAUCUAAAUAAUCUCUUAUUACAAACAGUUACAAAACUCGUUUCGUUUGCACAUCACAUUCCCCAGCUUAGUGCGAAUGGGAUAGCCGAUAAUACGUCACGUUUUUCUUGGAUUUAAGGGCGUUGACUCAGUGAUAGUACAUACAUUAAAUCGAUAGGUUAAUUUUGAUCAAACCGGGCGUCGAUCAUUUGUUACACCCUAAAAUCAUGCUUUACAAAUACCUCCCAAUGACAUUCCACCCCUAACAUUAUACUAUGUGACCGAUACAAUAUGCCU